UUUAAACAUCGGGGGCGUGGGAGGGGGAGAUAAAGGUGUUGUAUGUUGGCAAAUUAGCUACACCUUUCCUGUCUGUGUUCGCGUUGGGGCCGGCCUUCUUUGGGAAGGAAGCAAGCAAAAAAGGAAAAGAAAAAAAAAAAAGCGGAGCAAACGUGCGUUGAACGAGGGCUCUCCUUUUCACCGUCCGGGUGGUUUACAGGAGGAGGAAAAGCACUGGCCGCGCAGCAACGAGAACUUGCCACCGAACCGUGGUGGGGAGAAUAGCAGCACCACCCCCACCAUAGUCUGCCUCGGUCGGGUCGUUCCCGUUCAUUCUUCCUCGCCACCCCCGCCUCCGGGUGGCAGGGAGCAUACUAGCGCGGCGGCCGGAAAGAAAAGAAAAGCAGGCUAGCCAGUGGGCCAGGCAGCGAGCGCCACUGCUCCGGCCUUUCCCUCCCUUGCUUCCUUAGAGCCACUCGGAGGGCGGUUGGUGACGCCGCCGGACACAAUAAGGAAAGGCGGGUGAGACGAAGGGAGCCGGCACUGCGGUGCUGCUCUUCUAUCCCAUCCCGCCGCCGCCGCCGCUGUGCAGGCCUCGUUAGGACACUGGACGCUGCUGCUGCUGCUGCUCCUUGUGAGGGGGGUGCUAGGUGGGCUGCUGCGUCCACCUCCCAUUGCUUUCUUCGGCCGCCGCCGCCGCCUCCCCGGCCAGUCAGCGCCAAGCCAGCCUCAGUCAAGGUAGGCGAGGAGAAGGGAGAGGCUGCAGGCUUGGCGGCGGAAGACGCAGGCCGAGGGGAAAGGCCUAGUAGUGCCGCCGCGGCUGCGACUCCCCGGCGCCGGGGUCUGGGCCAAAACUCCUCUUCGGCGCGAUGGUGUGAGAGCGGAGCUGCAGCUGAGGGAAGAUGGCCGGUGGCGGCGGCGGCGUCGGCGGCGUCGGAAGAAGUGCUGGGGGCUCGAGAGAGAGCCUCUUUCUGGAUGCUUUGGAUAGAUCACAAUCCAAGAGGGACGGAGGUUUUAAAAAUAACUGGAGCUUUGAUCAUUCAGAAGAAAGUGGAGGAGAGGCUGAGAAAGAUGAAGCCAGUCUGCUGAGUUUAGAUGAGAGUGAUGUAGCUUGCAGUCCCAGUGGUGAAAAGAAAUUACUGCAUUAUCGUUCAGGAACUAUUGGGACUAGAGGUGAUUCCUUAAGAACAUAUACUAGACGAAACAAGCUUGAAACUUCCAGAGUGUGGAAAGGAAACUCGGUUGGACUCAACAUGUUGGGAAGCAGUAAGAAGUUGAGUGAAAAUGUUCAUAAUAUAUCUUGUUUGGGAACGGUAGUACAAGGUAGACGUUUUCACCAUGCUCAUGCACAAACACCUAUAGUAAAAACAGCGGCACAAAGCAAUCUGGAUCGAAAGGAAAGAAAAGAAUAUCCCCCUAACAUUCAGAAAAUAGAAAAUGACUUUCGAUCAUCUUUGCUUCAGGAGAUGAGGAACACAAGUGUUAUGGAGAACACAGAAGAAUCUGAGUCAGAAUCAGAAUCAGGAAUUAUGAGGAAGGUACAAAUGAAACGACACUGUAAUUCAUUUCAGUCUGGUUUGCUUUCGUCUCCUGCCAACAAAAAAUGUGCAACUCAUUUAGAGGUCUUGGAACAAAAUCAUUAUUCCUCAGCUUGCCUAUGCAGUGGGAAAGCAAAUGAAAGUCAGACCAAAUGCUCAGUUUGUGGAAGUCUGUAUAUUGGGAGCUUGCAAAGACAGUCCAUGCAAAGUGUCACAUUAAAUGAUUCUUUGGGACCUUUGGCACGAGAAUCAAUACAUGAGACUGCAACAGGGCAAAAAUAUUUAAAUACAGGACUAAAUGCAAAGAAGUUUUAUGGAUCUUCUCCUGGAUCAGAUUCAGUUGAUUACAUGGUGAGGCGAGAUAUAGGACCUACAAUGUUGCGGCCCAAUGGAAAAGUUGGUUCAAAAAUUACAGGAAACUUAAGGCAGAAGAAUACGGUAGCAUCUGAACUAAAUGAUCCAAUUGUUUUAUCCAGUGAUGACGAAGAGGAAGAUGAGAUUGGCAGCACAAACAGAGUGGAGAGCAUAUCACCACGUCCAGCAGAUUCAGCCUGUUCUUCUCCUGCACCUUCCACAGGAAAGGUGGAGGCAGCCUUGAAAGAAAACACUUGCGGAAUAGAACAGAGACUAACUAGUAUUACAGCAGACACAGAACCUGCAGUCAUAUUACCAAGAAAAGCAAGAAUGAAAGACCAGUUUGGCAAUGUUGUAUCCAGUGCUCCAGUAAAACGUCGCAAAGUUAUUACUCAAGAGAUCACAGCGGAUGUAUCUGUAAAAUAUCAGAACUCCUGCGAAAGCGUCAUCCUACACUGUAGAAGCAUAAGAAUAGGAACCUUGCGAAGAAUGGUGGUGGAGCCUGUGAUUUUUUGCCUCGAUUAUAUCAAGAUACGUUUGGAAGACUCUGAAAAUGGUACUAGGGAUAUUAAUUUAAAAACCUCGGAACUAACCAAGUGUGAAUGGUGUGGUGUAAGGAAGUUGCCGGUAGUAUUUCUACAAACUAUACCUGCUGCCUGCAAUAGUUUAAGAUCUCAACUGAAGAUGAACAAGGAGAACGAUAGUGUCUGGUAUGACUGUAAAGGAGCAAAUCCAGAAGAACAAUACAUCAUUUUAAUUUUUGAGACUGGGCUUGAUCCUCAUGCAAAUGCAAUAUUUGAAAAAAUUAUCGCUGAGAUUGGUGUCCGGAACAACAUUUCUGACUUUUUUCUGAAAAUUCCUUUUGAAGAAGCAAAUAGUAGGCUUGUGGCUUUUACAAAAUCCUUUGAAGAUGCCUCCAAAGGAAGUGCUGCUCAUAAAGAAGGCAAAACGAAACAUGUUGUUGCUGAAUCAAAAAUGCAGCUGCGAAAUUCAACACAGUUCCAGUUUUUUGAUGAUGAUGAAGAAAGUGGAGAGCCACACACAGUCUUUAUUGGUCCUAUAGAAAAGUUGAUAGUUUAUCCUCCGCCUCCAGCGAAGGGUGGCAUUUCUGUGACCAAUGAAGAUCUCCAUUGCUUAAAUGAAGGAGAAUUCUUAAACGAUGUAAUAAUUGACUUUUAUUUAAAAUAUCUGGUGCUUGAAAAAUGGGAAAAAGCCUAUGCUGAUAAGAUUCAUGUAUUCAGUUCCUUCUUCUACAAACGCCUUAAUCAAAGAGAAAGGAGAAACCUUCAUGAGACUACAAAACUCACAAUUCAACAGAAACGGCAUGGACGAGUAAAAACAUGGACACGGCAUGUUGAUAUCUUUGAUAAAGACUUUAUUUUUGUUCCCCUCAAUGAGGCGGCACAUUGGUUUUUGGCUGUCAUCUGUUUUCCAGGUUUAGAGAAACCUAUGCAUGAGCCCAAUCCCUUCUUCCAGGAUCAUAUAUCUACACAGGUUAAAUCUUCCUCUUCAGAUCAAGACAGAAGCACUUCGCCACGUAAACCCAGUGAAUUGGAUAUAUUGCAACACUCCUCAUCUGCAGCUGUAACAAAGAAGGCACUGAGCAAGAAGCCUAUUGCAGCAUUAACGGACACAGGCACAGAAGCUGAGGAGAGUGAGUUAUGGUAUUGCAGAAGAAACCUUUCUGGGAAAAGUGGCUUAAAAAAAUUAAAUCAGUUAAAUAGUACCACAGAAGACUUGAGAACUGUGGAAUCUGUAUGUCACAAACAUGAACAUAGGACUUCAGAGGCAAAUGGCAUGCAGUGUGAACAGAAAACUCACAUACAGGCUACUGAUGGUUUACAGAAAAUCAGGCUAAACUAUAGCGAAGAUUCAGCUGACAGUAGUAAAGCAAAUGAAGAUGAGCUAAUAGAUUUUUCAGAAGAUCAAGAUAACCAGGAUAACAGCAGUGAUGAUGAUGAUGGUCUUACAGAUGAUAAUUGUUCUUCAGAAGUGGGACAAUGGCAUCUGAAGCCAACUAUAUAUAAACAGCCUUGCAUUCUGCUCAUGGAUUCACUGAGAGGCCCAUCUCGAUCGAAUGUUGUUAGAACACUGAGGGAGUACUUGGAAGUAGAGUGGGAAGUCAAGAAAGGCAGUAAAAGAAGUUUCUCCAAAGAUGUCAUGAAAGGCUCAAACCCUAAAGUACCACAACAGAACAACUUCAGUGAUUGUGGAGUGUAUGUGCUACAGUAUGUGGAGAGCUUUUUUGAGACUCCCAUUUUAAGUUUUGAACUACCAAUGAAUCUAACAGAUUGGUUUCCCCGUCCAAGAAUGAAAACAAAACGAGAAGAAAUAAGGAACAUAAUCCUGAAUCUACAGGAACAACAGAACAAAGAAAAGAAAGGACUGAAGGACAUUAAUGCAGCAGAGAAAUCUUUUCAGGAUGGAACAGAACAAUUUAUCAGCAGCAGUUCAGACUGAAUAUUAUCAGCCCUACAUUGAAAAACUGAAAUUUACUUUGUACUCUGCCCAAACUGAGGACUUGGAAUAUUAUCCAUUCAAACUUACUAUUGAUUCUUAUAAAUGUUUCAUGAAUUGAACAGAUUUCUCUCAAAGUGUAUUAACUAGACAAAUCUGUAAAUAUGUUAAUUAGGCCAACCUUUUUCAACAUUUGUAAUUAUUUUUUUCACUUCUUAGGAAACCUUUGUUAUGUAUUUCUGUUAAUAGAACAAUAGCAACUUCUAGACAAAAAGCAAAUAAAUAAAAUAUUUAUAGGAUAAAUUGAUUAACUUUUUCUGUGUUAAAUAAAGUUGUCAUUUAACAUUUCCCAGUAAGACUUCUGUAAUGCAUGGGGAAUGCUUUAUGUAGCAGGGUUUCCAAAUUCAUACUUUGAUUUACAGUUGCCAUUACAAGAUGUUCUGCUUCAGCAAUGUACAACAAUAUAAGAAUGUGUCUAAAUGCCCUGUGUUUCCAAGGUGAGUGGUUUGCAUUUAAAGUCCAGGUACAGGCAAUGUAAUCUUUGGUAAGGAACGUUUCUGAUAUAGGUCAUAAUAAGAGAGAGAAUUUCACAAGUGCUUGGGAAUAAUGCUGCUUUAUGUCCACAGAACAACUUACUCAAGCAGUUUCAGAUACAGUCAGCUUAAGUACUGUAAUGCUGUUGGAUCCUUUUUUGUGGCUCCUGAUUGUUGUGCAACUGUAUUUUGACAAUUCUUUCAUUAUAAAAUUGUAUUUUUGGUAAGUGUGCUUGAAAUAGCAGCAGAUUGCCCAUAUUACAUUUUCUGUGUCAGAAUUCUGAAUGUCGCAUUCAUAUGUGCUUUAUCUAUCUGAUGAACAUUUUUAAAAUGUAUUACUAUUUUUUGUAAUGUCCAGAAAACCAAAAUAUUGCUAGAUUUCAUUGCUUGCUUGCUUCUCAGUUUUAAGUAGAGUUGUCUAAUGAUACUGAAUCAACUUGAUGACAUAUUUUCAUGAUAUAAUUUGAUUUUCGAAGUAUGUAAAAAAAAAAAAAAGUACAGCCUUAUGAUACCAGCGUUUCCAAAACAAAGCAACUACCUUGCAUAACUUUAUUUACAAACAUUCGCAAGGUAUUGUAUUCAGAAUAACCGAAUAGAAGCUCCUCUUGCAAAGGUGUUUUACUGUAAUGAUAUCUUUUGUGUAAAAGAAACCUUUGUGGUUUUCUGUGGGGUGCAAAGAACUGUUGAAUGAAGACAUAUAAGAGUAAUGUAGAGGGUUUACACCAUCACAACCAUGCACCCUCUUCAGAUUGCUCUCAGUCUAUUUUGAGUGAAGGCAGUCUCCAUAGAAAUGUGCACCUCAGCACCAGUCCUUCAAUUGUAUGAUGGGUGAUACCUGCUCCGUUGUCCAACAUUUAUUUAUGUGCAGCUAUUGCUAAGAUUGCUUUGUCCAAAGUGGCAUGCAGAAGACUAUGACUGGCAAAAAGUUAGUGCUUUUAGGGCUAUGGUCCAGCACACAAGCUGCUUAAGUCCUAUUAUCUUAACUUUAAGCAGCUUAACUACAUGUAGGACUGCAGUUCUUGUGUCUCCCUUUUACAUACUUUGGCCCUGGGUUUAGGUCAGGGCUGCACAACUUCUACCCUGCAGCUGUUGGACUACAACUCUCAUCAUCCACAGCCACAGUGGCCAGUAGUCAGGGAUGAUGGGAAUUGUAGUCCAACAUCUGGAGAUCCAAAAUUGUGCAACCCUGGUGUGAGUUUUAUUAGACAAGAAUUUUAGAGCCCUUGUGGCAUGGUCUAUAUUACUUUGAAUCUAUGGUGAUCAUCUGUUUUGACACAAAUCUGAAGGAAAAGUGCUUGGGAUUUUAGUUAAAACAUAGCAUAAUGGACAUUAUCCAGUAUGCUUGCCUAAUAAUUGUCUGAGAAUUACAGGGAAUUCAAAAAGCAAAGGUAGCUAGAAUAAACAUAAGAAAAUUGAUUGUCAACCAGUGUAAAAAUAAAUUGGUAUUGUGAUAUGUUAAAGUAUUACUCAAACACAUUCCUUUUAGAAGAGAUUUACCUAGUGAAAUUCAUACUUGCCGUCACAAGGUUAUUGGUUGCAAUAUCUUGAUUUGUUCAAAAUGAGAUACUUUUCUUUAACAGGUUGUGACACAUCUUAGUAUUAGAUUAUUCAGUUCUGCUCCUAGGAAUGGCUUGGAGUUUGUAUUCCAUUUCAAGAUGUGAAGAACGUACUGCUUUUCUCUUAAUAUUAUGGUAAAAGAUUAGUCAUGCAGCAAGCUGAUACACAUGUUGAUAUAGGAAAUUUAUUUUUUUAAUAAAAUGAUAGAAAAACAGAA